UGAGAGUAACGACGCGGUAAUUAGUACGCAAUAAGAUUUCCAGUAAAAAGAGUGUAUUUACUUCAUACUACAUACUCCAAACAAAAAGUCAAAUGCUUCAUUCAAAUCAUUUUCAGUGAUUAAGAAUACUAAUUCUGCAUUAUUUCUCGUUUCCGGUAUCUAUCGUAAAGUAAUCCGAAAACAAAGAUGACGCCAAAUAUUUUAGGCACAGAUUCAAAAAUACUUAUGGAGAAAGAUUUACAAAAUAAGGAAUCUUCAAUUACUACAAAAACGAUAGAUGAUGAAAAUGAUACACAAAACAGAAGCGAAAACUAUACAAAAACUGAAGGCUGGUUCAAGACAGAGCUGAAGUGGUUUAAUAUUUUAUAUCUUAGUUUUCUCUACUUAUACUUCGUAUAUGCCUGUUUUACUUUUAACUUUUUUGAAAAUCUGAUGACGACUGCUUGGAUAAUCGUCACGUAUAUGUUAGGAGGAGUAGGUGCCACUGCCGGUCCUCAUCGUUUGUGGACUCACCAAGCUUAUAAAGCAAAAUGGCAGCUUAGAGUUAUACUUGGUGUUCUUUAUGCUUCGGCUGGCAUGAACGACAUUCAUGAAUGGGUACGAGAUCAUAGGGUGCACCACAAGUAUACGGAUACGGAUGCAGAUCCGCACAACAGUAAUCGAGGGUUCUUUUUCUCUCACGUCGGUUGGCUGAUGAUGAAAAAACAUCCAGAUGUGAUUCGAAGAGGUCGUCAGGUGGAUAUGAGCGAUGUAUUGGCUGAUCCUAUUGUUGCAUUCAACAUCAAAUAUUUUCCGAUAUUAAAAUUUAUGUUCGCUUUCCUGCUUCCGGUGAUGUUGCCUGUAUACGCAUGGAAUGAGACUUGGUAUAGAGCUUUCGUGUCGCAGAAUAUUAUUCGUUAUAUUCUCCUUUUAAAUGCCAUAUGGAGUGUCAACAGUGCGGCUCAUAUUUGGGGUUCAAAGCCAUAUGAUGCGCAUAUAAAUCCGACAGAGAAUCGAUGGGUUAACUUGUUUACGGGCGGUGAAGGACGGCAUAAUUAUCAUCAUGUCUUUCCGUGGGACUAUAAGGCUGCCGAGUUAUACGGUUCUCCAACCACAAUUUUUAUUAACUUCUUUGCGAAAAUCGGGUGGGCGUACGAUCUCAAAGAACCGUCAAAGGAGCUUGUAAAGACCAUCGUGAUGAAAAAGGGUGAUGGAAGUCAUUCUUUGUGGGAAACUGUGCCAUAUCCAACUAAUCGUGAAGCAGAUUUUUUGGAUUUUCGGUCGAGUAAUUCGAAAACAAAGAUGGCAUCAAAUAUUGUAAGCCCAGAUUCAAAAAUACUUACGGAGAAAGAUUUACAAAAUGAGGAAUUUUCUAUUACUACAAAGAUGAUAGAUGAAAAUAACAAGAAAAACAGAAGCGAGAGCUGUAUUAAAACUGAAGGCUGGUUCAAGACGGAGCCCAAAUGGUUUAACAUCAUAACUAUUUGUCUUCUCCACUUAUGCUUCGUACAUGCCUGUUUUACUUUUAACUUUUUCGAAAAUCUGAUGACGACUGCUUGGGUGUGUGGCAUGAUUACAAUAGCAGGAAAUGGCGUGACCGCCGGUGUUCAUCGUUUAUGGACUCAUCGAUCUUAUAAAGCAAAAUGGCAGCUUAGAAUUAUACUUGCCGUCUGCUAUGCUUCGGCUGGCAUGAAUGACAUUUUUGAAUGGGUGCGAGAUCAUCGGGUGCACCACAAAUAUACAGAUACGAAUGCGGAUCCGCAUAACAGUAAACGAGGAUUCUUUUUCUCUCAUGUGGGUUGGUUGAUGACGAAGAAACAUCCAGAUGUGAUUCAAAAGGGUCGUCAAGUCGAUAUGAGCGAUAUAUUGGCUGAUCCUAUUGCUGUAUUUACUAUCAAAUAUGCUCCGAUAUUAAAAUUUAUAUUCGCUCUCCUGCUUCCAGUGAUGUUGCCUGUGUAUGCAUGGAAUGAGACUUGGUCUAGAGCUUUCGUGUCGCAGAUUUUUAUUCGUUAUGUUUUGGUUUUAAAUUUCACAUGGAGUGUUAACAGUGUGGCUCAUAUCUGGGGCUCAAGGCCAUAUGAUGCGCACAUAAAUCCAACGGAAAGCUUAAUCGUCGAUUAUGUUACGUCCGGUGAAGGAUCGCACAAUUAUCAUCAUGUUUUCCCGUGGGACUACAAGGCUUCCGAGUUUCACAAUUCCGUAACCACAAAUACCAUUAAGUUCUUUGCGAAAAUCGGCUGGGCGUACGAUCUCAAAGAACCGUCGGAGAAGCUUGUAAAGAUUGUUGCGAUGAAUAAAGGUGAUGGAAGUCAUCCUUUGUGGAAAGCUGUACCAUAUCCAGCCAGUAAAAUUGAUUAAUAAAAGUAACAGAGGGUUGUCUCAUGAUAGAGAGUUUUUUGAAUCAAUUAACAAUAAAUG